AUCAAUCCUUCACGACUUCAGUGGUGUUGACAAACUUACACACACACACACACACAAAAACAGUCCACCAUUCUUCCAUUUCCAUCAUAUAAUCUUUCAUCCAUCAUUACAACAACUAGGGUUUCAUUCCUUAAACCAAAUCAUGGUCGGAAAACCAGACCAAACAAAGGCCCCCAGUCAAAACCCAACACCAGAUCUAAAGUCCCCAAUAUCAACAAAAACAACAUCAUGGUCUUCAUUAAAAAUGUCAUUUAAGCUAAAAACAAAACAACAAGAACUUUUGAUCCGUUUAACAAUCUUGGGUCUUGUCUACAUUUUAGCAUUUAUAACUCGUUUAUUUAGUGUUCUUCGUUAUGAGUCAAUGAUCCAUGAAUUUGACCCAUAUUUUAAUUACAGAACUACCCUUUACUUAACCGAAAAGGGGUUUUAUGAAUUUUGGAAUUGGUUUGAUUCUGAAUCUUGGUACCCUUUAGGCAGAAUCAUUGGGGGCACAUUAUAUCCAGGUCUUAUGGUUACUGCUGCACUUAUUUAUUGGACUUUAAAGUUUUUACGUUUUGCUGUUCAUAUUCGUGAAGUAUGCGUUUUAACUGCCCCGUUUUUCGCGUCUAAUACGACCUUAGUUGCGUACUUUUUCGGUAAGGAAAUUUGGGAUUCGGGUGCUGGGUUAGUUGCUGCUGCAUUGAUCGCGAUUUGUCCUGGGUACAUUUCGCGGUCGGUUGCAGGGUCUUAUGAUAAUGAGGGUGUUGCGAUAUUUGCGUUGUUGUUGACGUUUUAUUUGUUUGUUAAGGCUGUUAAUACGGGGUCGCUUGCGUGGGCACUUGCUUCGGCUUUUGGGUAUUUUUAUAUGGUUUCGGCUUGGGGUGGUUAUGUGUUUAUUAUCAAUUUGAUUCCUUUGUAUGUGUUGGUAUUGUUGGUUACUGGAAGGUAUUCGAUGAGGCUUUAUGUCGCGUAUAAUUGUAUGUAUAUUGUGGGAAUGUUGCUCGCUAUGCAGAUUCGCUUUGUUGGGUUUCAACAUGUUCAGUCUGGUGAACAUAUGGCUGCCAUGGGAGUGUUCUUCUUGAUUCAGGUAUUUUAUUUCUUGAUUUGGGUGAAGCAUAUGUUAAACGAUAAGAAACUGUUUCAAGCUCUUUUGAGGUUUGGUGUAACAUCUGCGGUAGCUGUGGGCGCUAUCGCUCUGGGAGUAGGUACAGCUUCUGGCUAUAUCUCGCCGUGGACGGGACGAUUUUACUCUUUACUGGACCCGACAUAUGCAAAAGAUCACAUACCCAUCAUAGCUUCGGUCUCUGAGCAUCAGCCUACAGCUUGGUCGUCUUUCAUGUUUGAUUUCCAUAUCCUGCUGUUUCUGUUUCCGGCUGGUUUGUAUUUCUGCUUCAAACGGUUGUCAGAUGCCACAAUAUUCAUUGUGAUGUACGGUCUCACUAGUAUGUACUUCGCGGGUGUGAUGGUUCGGUUGAUUCUUGUUGCAACUCCUGCGGUAUGUCUUAUAAGUGCUAUUGCAGUCUCAGCUACAAUCAAGAACUUGACCCAAUCAAUCAGGGGAAAGACUGUUCAAACCGCGUCUGCCAAGGGAACGAGCAGCACAAGGGGGUCAUCCAAGCAACAAACAUCACUUGAUCAACCUAUACCAUAUCUCAAAAAUGGCGCGGCCGUAUUGCUUUUUGGCACAUUCUAUUUACUAAGCAGAUAUGUUAUCCAUUGUACCUGGGUCACUUCAGAGGCAUACUCGUCUCCUUCAAUUGUCUUGGCGGCACGUGGAGCCCAUGGUCAGAGGGUUAUAUUUGAUGACUACCGUGAAGCAUACUUCUGGCUUCGACAGAAUACUCCUUCAGAUGCUAAAGUAAUGUCUUGGUGGGAUUACGGUUAUCAAAUUACAGCCAUGGGAAACAGAACUGUGAUUGUAGACAAUAAUACUUGGAACAAUACUCACAUUGCUACAGUAGGACGGGCCAUGUCAUCUUAUGAAGAUGAAGCAUAUGAGAUAAUGAGAUCGCUUGAUGUGGAUUAUGUAUUGGUUGUUUUUGGAGGUGUUACUGGCUACUCUUCUGAUGAUAUUAACAAGUUUUUGUGGAUGGUUCGAAUUGGAGGUGGAGUUUUUCCUGUGAUCAAGGAACCUGAUUAUCUUGUUAAUGGUGAAUAUCGUGUCGAUAAAGGAGCUGCUCCCAAGAUGUUGAACUGUCUAAUGUACAAGCUAUGCUAUUAUCGAUUUGGGGAGCUGACAACAGAAUAUGGAAAACCUCCAGGGUAUGAUCGAGCGAGGGGCGUUGAAAUAGGGAACAAAGAUGUGAAGCUUGAAUACUUGGAAGAGGCAUUCACGACAUCAAAUUGGAUAGUUAGGAUCUACAAAGUUAAACCACCCAGCAACCGAUGGUAAUAUGUAAGAAUGUUGAGUGUGCGUUAUAGGAGAUCUAGUUAUAGAAAUCAGACUGCUUUUUGACGACAAGUCUUGAAAUUUGCGGAUUCUACCUUCAUAUUGAGGCCUGUUAUGUAAGUCUUUUAGUUUUCUACCCUCUACAGGUUUAUAGGUCGUUGGAUUUUGCAUUUCAUCGUUAAUUAUGUUAAUUUAGUACUUAAUUAAUACCAAAGUCAUGGGAAAUUCAAGGUUAGUGUCAUCUUUCGACUAUGUAGCAUGAUUGGGUCGAACACUUUGAAAGAGAAUGCCAAAUGCUUUAAUUGUGAUCUUGAAA